AUGGCAAUGUGGCCCUUUCGCCGCAGGAGCGAUCGGAAACGCUCUCGCAGCGGAGCCGCCCUGUCCGAUGCCGAGGGCCCUCCUGCGAGGAGCCAGACGGAAAGCGCCGGCGGCACAUCCUCGUCGACGACCGCCGCCGUCUCCGCCGCACCGAGGAAGCAGAAGAAGAAGCAGCGUACCGAGCCUGCCAAGCUGCAGCGACGACAGCGCGCCUACAGCUUCUCCCCGGGCCGGCAAGAUGACCUGGGUGCGGACAACAGCCGCGGCCGAUAUCCCUCUCCCCAACGGCAUGGCCAGAACCCAAGCCACGGCGCUCGGGAGGGACGGCCGCGAGGCGACGUCUGGGAUCGAACCCCCACCCUCUAUCACAACCAGGCCAGCAGGCGACCAGACAGACCCAAGAACGUCAGCAAGAAGAAGAAGAAGCAGGAGGCCCGCGACAGGGCCGCCGAGGUCAGGGCCAUGAGCACAUUCGACCCCGUCCGGCCCGCCGCCGAGGACUGGACCUCCGGCCGCCCCAUGAUGAAGGAGAGCAAGAGGAUCAAGUCGACGCCCCAUUUUUACGGCCGUCCCCCGUCCGACGUGUCGCUCCCGCUACCCGGCUCCAUACACUCGAGCCUGUCCUCCGAGUCCGAGUUCCAGACCUUCCGGGUCUCGGCCCUCGCCUCCCUGGCACCCCGCCCGACGCUCCGCUACACGGCGUCCAUGAAGCACACCCAGAACAAGGGCAAGGCCCUGGCUGGGAGGGGACCCGUCGUCGACGACGACACAUCGCCGCACCGGCGGGUAGACUACCUCGCCGACGACCUCAACGCCAGGGACCUCCGUGAGCUGAUGGAGCGCGAGGACAGGCGGCGCGAGAGGAAGCGCCAGCGUGACCGCGAGAGGGCCGAGAGGAGGUUGGCCCGCCAGGCCGAGCAGCAGAAGGCCGAGGCAGAAGAGGCCAGGAAGUCCGGAACGCCGCCUCCCGAGAACCUCGAGCGUGGAGUCGCCGGGCGCGACCUGGUCGGACUGGGCAUCGACCCCGCCUCUACGAGGGUGACGACGUCGGAGAAGUCAGAGAAGUCGGACAAGUCGGACAAGUCAGUGCAGUCGGACAAGUCGGACAAGUCAGUGCAGUCGGACAAGUCGGACAAGUCAGUGCAGUCGGUAAAGUCGACCAAGUCAGUGAAGUCGGUAAAGUCGACCAAGUCAGACAAGCGUUACUCGGAUAGGUCCAUCCAUAUGGCCGAUGCCGAGGACGAGCGGCCCGUCGAACCGUCACGGCUUUCGGACCCGCUACCCAGCCGACGCGAGCCCGAGGUCAUCCCCGAGAUCGGCGAGCCCGGCGAGCUUGGCGACACGGCGUCGACCAAGCCGCAAGACUCGGCAACAUCGCUGGCGCCGAGCUCGCGCCUGGUCGGUAUAUUGCGCUCCAAGAAGUCCAAGUCGAGAUCCACGCUGGCCUCGGAGAGGGACAAGGCCAUGUCACCGCCCCCCGAUGUCAUCGACGAGGAGGCGACGCCGCGGCACAGCUCGUGGAGCAGCGACAAGCGAGGCCGCUUCUCGCUCUCGUCAUUCAUCCGGUGGGGCGGCAGGCACAGGCGCAGCUCGGGCGGCCCGCCGUCCUUCUCCAACACGUCACGCGAGGAGAUGCAGGCAUCGUCGGCCGCGGCGCAGCCCCAGACGCCGGCGCAGGCCCUGGCCAGGCUGCAGAGCGACGACCUCAAGAAGGGGCAGGAGCCGCCGUCGCAGCCGCCCAGCGGCAUGUACCUGUCUCGGGGGCCGAGCAACGGCGCCAGGCUGCGGACCAAGUCCCGCUUCCGCGAGGACCUGCCCGAGCUCCCCAUCUCGCCGCCCGACUCGCGCAUGCAGUCGCCGGAAGCCGAGCCGGCCCGCAACGACGAGGACGCCGCCUACCACGGCCGCGCGCAGCCGAUGGCCAUCCCGCCCCGCACGCAGCAGAUCUCCCCGGAGCCGCCGCAGUCCCUCUCCAUCUCCCUAGCGUCGAUCGACUCCGAGGGCUCGUGGCUGUCCGGACGUCUGAGCGCCAGGCGGUCGGCCAUGCGGGAGAGCAUCGCGCGCGCCAACCGCAUCGACCAGGAGCACUCCGCCGGCACGACCCAGGAGGACCUCGGCAUCGCAGACGACGACUACAUGGCUCGUCUGGCCCCCCACCACCAAGGCCACGCGUCCGUCCUCAUCGGCGGGCGUGCCAGCAGCGAUGACGGCGACGAGGUCCGGGAAGAGCAGGAGCACGAGGAGGAGCGCAGCAGCCUUGCCGGCGAUGCCGGCGUCAAGCUCGGCGCCGUCGGCGGCUCUAGGCCUCACAUCGUCCACCCGGACAGGUACGGCAACAACCGAUCCACCAUCCGAAGCCAGGAGGGUCUCCUGAACAUCGAGUCUGGAGACGACGACGGCGGCGGCGGCGGCGACGAGCAGUACGAUGAAGACGAUGACGAGGAGGACAGCGCCACGACCGAAUCCCCCGUCACCUCUACCGCUGCGCCCGUCGACAUCCAGCGCGCCAGGAGCGUCAACCUGGGUAAGGGUGGGCACGUCCGCAACUUUAGCGCCGGAAGCGCCAAGCUGCUGGACAUCACUCCUCGAAACUCUGUCGAUACCGGACUUGUUGGCAGGAAGUGA